AUGCAACGGGGGCAACUGAGCGCCUUUUCACUCUAUCUCAAGCAAUUAUUAGUCGUCGUGCUGCCAAGUCAAGGGUUCGCUGCCUUCAUGGAGACAUGUCCGGCAGAGAGAAGAGCCCGACGCCUUCUGGGAGUGCAGGGGUUUGAAACGCGGAAAAAUGACGUCGUCUACGCUUCACCUUUGGUUGCAGCUGAGGGUGCCCCUGUCAUUGUUUACUUUGGAGGAGAUGUCCAGGAUUAUCGCGAAAACAUGGAGGCUCACCGAGACAACAGGAGGUAUGCCCGGUGGGACCUCGAAUCCACGGCCGAGCUCUUGUCGUCCAAGUUCCCGAAGUCCCACGUCAUGGUCGUCAAACCUGCCAGGAUGGAACUGAAGACGUUCAGCUGUUACGACAACUUCGUCCAGUUCACCGCCGAGAUCACCCCGCAGAUAGGAGGGAAUUGGAAUGCCGUUGCGCACCUUCAGUUACUACUCGUCUCUGCUUUCUCCCUACUCAAUCCACCUAUCUCUAUGGAAAAGCAGGAGUUGCAGCUGAUCGGGUUCAGCAAGGGCUGCGUCGUGCUGAACCAACUCUUACACGAGCUCCACUUUCACAAGACCACAUCAUUGCAGGUUCCAGACGUACUUAAACGCGUAGUCUCAAUGACCUGGCUGGAUGGGGGUCAUGCCGGGGGCAAGGACACGUGGGUUGUUCAACGUCAGGUCUUGCAAACUUUUGCCCAAACAGGUAUUGGAAUAGAUGUGCAUGUGACACCCUAUCAAGUUCAAGACCCGAACCGUCCCUGGAUAGGUAAAGAGGAGAAGCGAUUUAGCGAGACUCUGCGUGCCCUUGGGGCUCCAAUCCGAAGAACUCUCCAUUUUGCUGAAGAAUCCCCUUCACUCCAUCUGCAUUUUCAACUGUUGAAUGACUUUGAGCCCAGUGGUGAUGUUAGUGAUGCUUUGUGAAAGCUGAAGUGGAGAGUUUCUACUGUUAUGACAGAUAUUUAACUCAUGGCAUUCCAAUUCCAUCUGUGGUUCACUGCCUCUCCUCUCUUACCAAAUCAAGUUAACAUUUUGAAGAUUGUAAGAAGUGUAAAAGAGACAUUAUCUUCCCGAUUAAUGAAGAAAUAGGGUUCUUAAUAAAUUAUAGCUAAUCAUUGACGAAAUAGACCAAUGCAUUUACUAUGGCCUACCAUAGGGCUUCAGUGUAGGUGGAUCUGAUGAGGAGACUGUGUGCUGGCUGAAUUAAACUGGCUGAUCAGUCAGUCAUUGUAUAUUCCAUAUCUUUGGUUAUUGCUGCACACCUGUCCUGCUUAAUUGUCUGGUGGAUGUCAAGAGUUAGAGGAACAAUCACCCUGGAAUCCCUAGUUCCAAAGAUGAUCUUGCCUGUUUACCUCUUUGGUAUUAUCCUGGAAUUUGGCCAUAGUUGGAAAAUGAAACAUGUUUCUGUGAUUUUUCCAUCCCUGCAUUAUGAGUCAACUCCAUUGUUUUUGGGAGGAAGAGAAAACUACUUGUGGGAAAGAUUGGUUUCUGACUUGGGCUAUUACAUGUUCUUUUCAGAACCCACAGUGUUGCACUCCAACAUUACUUACAAUCUACAAGAAAG